GUUUCCUUUCGGGUUUUACGAACAUCGUGCAAACUUAACAUACUCUAUUCAGGGUACAAUUAUUUAAUAUGACUUUCUAUAAAAAAAAAUCUCCAUUUUAUCGUCUGGUCACUUUGUACAAUUUCAUUUCGCAACUAAACACAUGCUAAACAAUAAGCUGGUCACCCUAAUAAGCGCUGUGAUACAAAGCGAACAGCUGAUAGUUUGGUUAGCUUUGUUGUUCAUGUGUUUGCUUUCACGUAUUUUUAUGUUGCUGGCACAGGUUUCAGCGUUUUCUCGGUAUUAAUUUUUAGUGAAAACGUUAUUUAAUAUCCAAAGUCAAAAAAGACAGUGAAUUAUGUUACGCAAAGUGCCACUAAUUGUGAUAUUGGGCUCAACCGGUACUGGGAAAACAAAGUUGUCGCUGGAAUUGGCAGAGCGAUUCGGCGGCGAAAUAAUCAGCGCUGACUCAAUGCAGGUUUAUGCCAAUCUGGACAUUGCUACCGCAAAGGCUACCAAAGAGGAACAGUCUCGAGCUAAGCAUCAUCUAUUGGAUGUAGCGACACCAAAUGAACCGUUUACUGUGGUCAGUUUUCGUAAUGCCGCUUUACCAAUUAUCGAAAAUCUUUUAGCACAAAACAAGUGUCCUAUUAUAGUCGGCGGCACCAACUACUACAUCGAAUCGUUACUCUGGGAUAUACUUGUUAGCCCGAAGGAUCCCACCGAGUUGGAUGGUAUAGACAAUCAGUUUGACAUAUCUACCUCAGUUGGGACUACAAGCAAAGAAGAGGCUGAUGUUGGUUCUGUGAAGAAUCCUUUAUAUGUACCUCAGUCUGAAAUGUCAGCAAUGUCAUCUGAGUUGUUGCAUAACCAUUUAAGGAAGAUCGAUCCGGACUCGGCAAAUCGCAUACAUCCGAACAAUAAAAGAAAAAUUAUGCGCGCCAUAGAAGUAUAUCAGCAAACCGGACAGACCCUAACAGUUAAGUUACAGGCGCAACGGCAACAACCAGGCGGCAAUCGGCUGGGUGGUCCACUACGUUAUCCUCAUACUAUAUUGUUUUGGCUGCGUUGUAAACAGGAUGUACUCAACGCACGUUUGGACAAGCGAGUCGACGCUAUGCUCGAACAGGGUCUCUUGGCUGAGAUACGUGCAUUUCACAACGAACACAAAGGUGAUAAAAGCCAAACCGACAAUUCCGCAGCGUACACCCGUGGCGUACUUCAAACAAUAGGCUUCAAAGAAUUUAUACCCUACUUGGAGCAGUUUAAUGCGGCAAAUGAUCAGAAAAUUGAAGAGUACUUACGCUUGAAUGCGUAUAAAAUGCCAACGGAAGAGCACUUCAAAGCACAAAAGCCGAGUUCAAUAAACGUAACACCAGUUCAGAAGCACAAACAAAAACAACAAAAGCAGCACGACAUUGAUAGAGAAAUUGAAUUAGAAUUGGAGGCAGCGGCAGAUUCCGAUACAACAACUACAAGUCCACCUUUGCCCCCGGGCCUCGAGGUGCUAAACGCGUGUUUGAAUGAGCUGAAACUAGUCACACAACGCUACUCCAAGAAGCAAAUCAGGUGGAUAAAUAAUCGUUUUUUGGCCAGUAAGGACCGUCAAGUGCCCGAUUUGUAUGAACUCGAAACGAGUGAUGUUAGCUUGUGGCAAGCAGAAGUGUAUAAGCGCGCUGCGACGGUCAUCGAAAGUUAUCGCAGAGCUGAGGUCUGCGAGAUACAGCCAAUGACGCGUCGUCAACAUCCGGGUGCGGGACUCAAUGAGGAGACCAGCAACUUCUGUGAGAUCUGUCAACGGCAUUUCAUAGGCGAAUAUCAGUGGCAUUUACAUCUGCAGUCCAAUAAGCAUAAAAAACGAAAGGAGUCAAUUGCAAAGAAGGAAAAAACAAAAGAGAUUUCCGUGGAGGCCAAAACGGAAGAUACAAAUGACAAAUUUCUUUGAUUAAAAAAAAAAAGAAUAGAAUAAAUAAACAAAGAUUUGAAAAACGAAA